GGUUUUCAAGGUUUCAAUGGUCUUCUUUUAUGAUUUAUUAAGACAUGAGUUUAUGUUUUUCAGAAUUUCUAUACAUAUUUAUUUCAAAUCAGAGAAAAAUAAAAAUUGUUUUUAUAAUAAAAUAUAACAUAUCGGCCUGUAUUUAUUUGAUGGGCCGGACCGGGCUUAGUAUUAGUUUUCGAGCCCAGUUAUGUACAUAACCGGCCCAUCUAUGUGGCGGAAGUCGUCGUUACGAAGCGAGGGAACGAGAGUUAUAUUCGAACUUUCAAAUUAGGGUUCCCGCAGUCGUCCGAUCUCGUUCGCUUCCAUCUCCUCAUUCUUAGGAGGGGAGAGAAAAGCUGAUGAGCUCUCCGAUGGAGGUUUCGCUCGAGAAUGGCUCCGAGGUAGGCGGCCUCUCGAAGCCGGAGGGCGUCUCUGGCCGCCCUGCGCCUUUGCCGUCGCCGAUCUCCGCCGCAGAUGAUAAGGUCCUCGUUUCCGUUGAGGUCUGCUUGAAACCCUCGAGCACUGCUCGAGCUGAGGACGCACGCGCCGCCGUUGAAAGUGAUGAGGAAGACUAUGGUGACACUUGCAGCGUCAAUUAGUUUGGGACCGUUGUAGUUGUGCGCGUCAUGCAUUUUAUCCAAGGAGGACUACAGAAAUCUUAAUG